CCGAGUUUGUAAAUCAGCAAAAAGGAAAAUCGAAUUAAUUAAUAUCCAAUAAUAUCUGGGCCGUUCAUCACAAUUGGACGUGAUUUUUUGAAUAUCUCAAAAAAGAGAGCCGUCUAAAUCAUCACUCUGAAAACCCGGCAAAAUCCGAUUCCUCUGAGAUAAGUUCAAAUCCAAGAAAUGAACACAACGGCCAACUACCACCCGCCACCGUCAUCGCAACCGCCAUUCUCGGACUCGGACCUGGACUCGGGCUCCGAUUCCGAGAACUUCCAAGUCGGAUCCGAUCUCUCAAACUCUAUUUUCAAAACCUACCUUGAAUUUUCCUCAUCUUCGUCAUCAUCAUCUUCGAUCACAGCCGUUGAUCUGUCCAAGAUCCAAUCAUUCUUAACCUCUUCCUCCUCCGGCGCUUUAUCAUGCCUCAUUUGCCUCGAACGGAUCCGUCCCUCUGAUCCGACGUGGUCUUGCUCGUCCCUCUGCUUCGCUCUCUUCCACCUCCUCUGCAUUCAAUCAUGGGCCCGCCAAUCUUCUGACCUUUCAGCAGCACGCGCCGCUGCACGUCUCCCUAUCACCGCAGAAACCGCCGCCAAACAAGCCACCUGGAACUGCCCCAAGUGCCGCUCCUCCUACUCCAAAUCUGAAAUCCCUAGAUGUUACCUUUGCUUCUGCGGUAAGCUCCGAGAUCCUCCGUCUGACAACCCGUGGAUCCUCCCUCACUCUUGCGGCGAAAUAUGUAACCGCCCGUUGCCAAACAAUUGCGGUCACUUUUGCCUCCUUUUGUGCCACCCUGGUCCCUGCCCGUCCUGCCCGAAAUCCGUCAAAGCGCGUUGCUUUUGCGGCUCCGUCGAAGAUUUCCGCCGUUGCGGUUUCAAAAACUUUUCCUGUAACAAACUUUGUAAGAAGCGUUUAGAUUGUAACAAACAUAACUGCUCCGAAAUCUGUCAUCCAGGCACGUGCCCUCCUUGCCGUGCACGUGAGACUUACCGUUGCCGGUGUGGUAAAAAGGAAGAAGAGAAAGAUUGUUGUGACCGGGAUUAUCGCUGCGAAAAUGAGUGUAAAAAGUUGCUUAACUGUGGAAAGCAUGUUUGUGAAAGAGGAUGCCACGGGGGAGAUUGCGGGGAGUGUCCAUUGCAAGGAAAUAGGACAUGUCCUUGCGGGAAAAGAAUUUAUGAAGGGCUGCCCUGUGAUGGGGUGGCUCCAGUUUGCGGUGCAACUUGUAAUAAGCUGUUGAAUUGUGGUUUCCAUAGGUGUCCCGAGCGGUGUCACAAAGGAUCUUGUGUGGAGACUUGUAGGACUAUGGUUAAGAAGGCGUGCCGGUGUGGAGGAUUGAAGAAAGAGGUUCCUUGCUAUCAAGAUUUGUCAUGUGAAAGGAAGUGUUUGAGAAUGAGGGAUUGCGGACGCCAUGCUUGUAAACGUCGUUGUUGUGAUGGAGAUUGUCCGCCAUGUUCAGAGGUUUGUGAUAAGAGGCUUCGCUGCAAGAACCACAAAUGCCCUGCUCCUUGCCAUAGAGGUGCCUGUGCUCCCUGUCCAAUUAUGGUGACAAUUUCAUGUGCAUGUGGUGAGACACACUUUGAGGUUCCUUGUGGAACUGAAAUGGAUCACAAGCCUCCUAAAUGCCGUAAAUUAUGUAAGAUAGCUCCUUUGUGCAGGCAUGCAUCAACCAGUAAGCCGCACAGAUGCCACUAUGGAGCUUGCCCCCCAUGUCGGGCACCUUGUGAAGAAGAAUAUCCAUGUGGUCAUAAGUGCAACUUAAGGUGUCAUGGGCCAAGACCUCCUCCCAAUCCAGAAUUCACAUUGAAACCCAAGAAAAAGAAAUCAAAUCAUCAGACAGAGUGCACUCCAGGCACCCCUUGCCCUCCUUGCCCAGAACUUGUUUGGAGACCAUGUGUUGGCGAGCACUUUGGAGCAGAGAGGAUGAUGGUUUGCUCCAAUACAACACGAUUUUCUUGUGAUAAUUUAUGUGGAAAUCUUCUUCCUUGUGGCAAUCAUUAUUGUACAAAAACUUGCCAUCCCCUGGAGACCCAGCCUUCUUCAUCAGGACAUCAGAAAAGAAGUGAAUCUUGUGAAGUGUGUAAUCUCCCUUGCCAGAAGGUGAGGAUGCCUAAAUGUUCGCACCCCUGCUCCCUACCUUGUCAUCCCGGAGAAUGCCUUCCUUGCAAAGUGCUCGUGAAACGGUCGUGUCACUGUGGUGCAAUGGUCCAUGCAUUUGAGUGCAUCCAUUAUAACAAUUUAUCUGAAAAGGAUCAAGUGGCUGCUCGCUCAUGUGGGGGCCCUUGCCAUAGAAAGCUGCCUAACUGUACGCAUUUAUGUCCUGAAAUAUGCCAUGUUGAUAAAUGCCCAGCCCCUGAUAAGUGCAGCAAAAAGGUUACUGUUCGCUGUAAAUGCCAAACCUUGAAGAAGGAAUGGAUAUGCCAAGAUGUUCAGGCUGCAUAUCGUGAUACUGGUAAUGACCCCAAAGAUAUACCAAAGAAUCAGUUUGGGCUUGGACUUCUGCCUUGCAAUUCAGAUUGUAAGAGCAAAGUACAGGAGGUUGAGUCAGCUCUACAAUUGCGUAAACCUAAGGUUCUGGAGAAAAAAGAGCCAGAAAACGAAAAGCAUGGGCCAAAGCGCAGAAAAAGGCGGGAUCGGAUUCAAGAGGGCAAGCAAGUUUCAAGAUUUCAGGAAUUUGUUGCCAGCGUGAAGCGGCUGCUUUUAUUUAUCAUCAUCGGAGCAGUUCUGAUUGCAGUCACAUAUUACAGUUACAAAGGUCUCUUACAACUCUCAGAUUGGAUGAAUGAAGUUGAACUGCAACGAGCAAGACGAAGACGUUCACGAUUCUGAUCUCUCUCGGCCUUAGGCGCUACUCUUGGAUUGGGUGAAUGAAGCUGAACUGCAACUGGCAGAGAGAAGACCACCUCGAAUCUGACCCAUCUUCAACCUUUUAACAUAUUACAGUUACAAAGGUCUCAGGAGAUUUGGUUUGGCUGGAAUUUUUUUUCUUUUUAUGAUAAGGGGGGUUAUCAAAUAUCAAAUUGAAGAUUUGAUGCCAAGUUCUUCGCUACUCCACUCGAGGUUCAUCCAACGAAUCUAAUCGUUCUCGGGCUUCUUGUUUGAAUUUUUGUUACUCUAUACUAGUGGUUCAGUCUAUGAGUCUGAUCCUUUUCGGGCUCUUUUAUUAUUGGAUUUUGUUACAUAAUCUACGAGCUCGACGUUCACCCAAUUCAUCUAUAAACUUGGGGAGCGAAUGAAAGUUCACAGUUUUCCUUCA